GAUGGUCUGACCGUUUACGUACACACAAACGCUUCUACGAAUACAUGGUCCAGCCUUGUAGGUAUGGCUCGUCCGCCGAGCAGCUUCUUGAUCAUAGCAGAGGGUUGCUGGGAUGUUCCGCAGAGUUCUUGAGACAUUCGCAUCGCGACCGCGACCAUGAGAACACUUAACUCUCGAAGUCGUCUGCUAAUAUCACAUAUCUUCAUACCUAUCAUAGUCUUCCUUACACUUACUGGCUGUCAUGGUGUUAAAUCAAGUGUAAUCUCGGAUGACCAAGUGAUUGACAAGUUCCAAGUCAAUGAUGAAGCCAUCCAACAAACUCACGACAUCAAAGACCAGCCUGAAGUACAUCAACCUGAUGGUAAGUCUUCUGAUUCUGAAGAACAUAUUGACAUUAUUCAGUUAACUAAAGAAGAGGGAAUUAGGAGGUUCGAUGCUGAGGUUGAACCUGACGUUGAUAGUAUUAAAUAUGAUGAUAAAAUAAUUCGUGAUCAAGAUCAUCCGGAAUAUUCCAAAGAUCCUGACUUAUACAAUCAAAAAAGAUCAGUAAAAAGGAAGUUAGAACCUUCCAUUGUUGAAGAAGAAAAAAUAGAUGAUCCUAUAGUUGAUGUUGAAAAAAAUGAAGAAAAAGAAAUUCAAGAAAAUGUUGAUGACAAAAAAUUAUUAAAGUCUGUUGAUGUAAUUCCUGAUCAUAAUACACCAGAAUUAAUACCAGUUAAAGUCGAUCAAAUUAGUGAUAACAUUUUUUUAACAAACAAUGAAGCUGCUCGUAAAUCAUUAAUAAUUGAUAAUGAAGAUGAGGAUAAAGAAAAUGAAGAUGAAGAAAUAAGAAAUGAACGAAGUAGUGAUAAAGAAGAUGAUAAAAAAAUUUUAGAUUCACAGAAUUCAGUUCAAUAUUGGAAAGAACAAGCUUUGAAUCUUCAAAAAAAAUUAAAAAAUCAAACUUAUCUCCAACAUCUUCGGGAGCAAGCUGAGAUUCUUCCAGGAGUUCCAAAUUAUACUGAAAAUGAGUACUUGGAUCUUUUCAAAAAAAUUUCUCCUAAAAAAUCAUUAGAGAAGUUUUAUGUGGAUUCUCUAGAUACAUCAUUAUUAAAUAAAAAACAAAUAGAAGUUUUGAGAUGUGCUGAAGGGUUAUUAGCUGAACAACAACGUCAAAGCUUUGCUGAAAAUAUUUUUGAAUGUAUUCGUGGAUUUAAUAUAUUUAAUUGUAUGAGAAUUUUUAUUUGGCCAAUUAUUGUAGAAAAUCUUCCAGAAAGAAUUACUCAGAAUCUACCGUCACUUCCAAUCGAAGUUACAUUAUCUGACUGGUUACCUGGAGGCCAAGAAACACAAAAAAAUACCAGAGCUACUUCAGUUCAUCAGCAACGAUUGAUCAGUCCCGAACUUGUUAUCUCUAAUAUUUUAAAAGAGGCUUUAGAAAGUAAUUUAAAUGACAAUAAUUUACCUAGUUAUAUCAAUGCUCACAAUGAAACUUUAUUGAAAUUAUUAAAUUCUAAUCAGUUUGAAAUUUUAGAAAUGGCAGAAAAAUUUUUACCCGAGUCAGCAAGACAAGAUUAUUCAAGUAAAAUGACAUCAUGUAUUAAACGAUUUGAAUAUUUUAGUUGUGUAAAAUAUUUUGCAUGGCCAAUGAUUAAACAACACUUUCCAGCACUUCCUGAAUUUCCCGACUAUCAAAGCUGGUAUCCUGCUACAAUAAGUGUUUACCCUGGCUAUCCUAUUAUACCUUUUCCUGAAUUUUCCGAGGAAAAUGGAAAAUUACCUGAAAUUAUAGAAGCUGAUAUCUAUAGAAAUAGAAGUCCACGUCCAGAAACACUUUUUGCUCAUAUUUUGAAGAAUACUUUAGAUCAACAACCAAGGCAACCAUUUUUGUCUUCAGCUACUCGACUACAAGAUGACAUGGAAUAUAUUACACCAGAGCAACUAUCAUCUAUUCAAAUGGCUGAACAACUUUUGCCAGCUGAUCAAAGACCAGAAUUCGUUAAAAGUACAGUAAAGUGUAUGAAACAAUAUGAUUAUUUGACAUGUAUGAAAUAUUCUACAUGGCCUGCGGUUCGAAAAUGGAAACCACAGCUUCCAAAUUUGUCAGAUUUCGAGAGCUUUUUUAGUACUUUUACACUACCAACUAUACCAACCUUCAGUCCACCACAUCUUCCGUCGUGGUUCCCGGGGGCAGGAAUAAUUGGAGGCUCGGGAAGUGAAAGUGGAUCUGGGUCAGUAACCAUCGGAGGUGGAAGCGGGGGAGGAACUCCCUCUGGGGGUUCUGGAAGUGUAGGUGGAUCUGGUUCUGGAGCAGGAGCAGGAGCAGGAGGUGGAGCGGGAUCUGGAAGUGGUGGCGGUUCUGGCAUUCAAGUAAUUGGAGGAGGGAGUCCCGGAGGACAAGGAGGAGUUCAAGGAGGCACUCAAGGAAGUGGUUCAGGUGCAGGUACAGGUGGUGGUAGUAAUAAUGGUGGUAUUACAAUUAUAAUUCCACCACCUCAAAGCAGCGGUGGAGGACAAACUGGAUCAGGUGGAAGCGGUCAAUGGAGUGGAUCAGGAUCAGGCUCGGGAACAGGAGGAAACCAAGGCGGAAGCCAGGGAGGAAUCCAAUGGGGUGGAUCAGGAGGAAGUCAAGGGGGAUCACAAGGAGGAAACCAAGGAGGCAAUCAAGGCGGAAUUCAAUGGGGAGGUUCUGGAACAGGUGGAUCACAAGGAAGUAGUCCAGGAGGAGGUCAGGGAAGUAAUCAAGGCGGAAUUCAAUGGGGUGGAUCAGGAUCUGGCGGUCCACAAGGUGGUAGCCAAGGAGGAAGCCAAGGAGGCAAUCAAGGCGGAAUUCAAUGGGGUGGAUCUGGUGGGAGUCAAGGUGGAAAUCAAGGUGGUGGACAAGGAGGAAUACUAGGAGGCAUUGGCGGGGGAAUUCCAGGAGCCAUUGGUGGAGGAAUUCAUUGGGGCGGAACAGGUGGACAAAAUGGAAAUCAAGAAGGCAUUGGUGGAGGAAUUCAAUGGGGAGGUUCGGGAUCAGGUGGAUCACAGGGUGGUAGCCAAGGAGGCAAUCAAGGUGGAAUUCAAUGGGGUGGAUCUGGUGGUCCUCAAGGAGGAAAUCAAGGUGGAUCACAAGGAGGAAGUCAAGGUGGAAUUCAAUGGGGUGGAUCUGGUGGUCCACAAGGAGGAAAUCAAGGUGGAUCACAAGGAGGAAGUCAAGGUGGAAUUCAAUGGGGUGGAUCUGGUGGUCCUCAAGGUGGUCAAGGUGGAUCACAAGGAGGAAGUCAAGGUGGAAUUCAAUGGGGUGGAUCUGGUGGUCCUCAAGGUGGUCAAGGUGGAUCACAAGGAGGAAGUCAAGGUGGAAUUCAAUGGGGUGGAUCUGGUGGUCCACAAGGAGGAAAUCAAGGUGGUUCGCAAGGAGGAAGUCAAGGUGGAAUUCAAUGGGGUGGAUCAGGAUCUGGUGGUCCACAAGGAGGUAACCAAGGUGGUUCGCAAGGAGGAAGUCAAGGUGGAAUUCAAUGGGGUGGAUCAGGAUCUGGUGGUCCACAAGGAGGUAACCAAGGUGGUUCGCAAGGAGGAAGUCAAGGUGGUAUCCAAUGGGGUGGAUCUGGUAGUCCACAAGGCGGUCAAGGAGGAUCACAAGGAGGAAGUCAAGGUGGAAUCCAAUGGGGUGGAUCUGGUGGUCCACAAGGAGGUAACCAAGGAGGAUCACAAGGAGGAAGCCAAGGUGGAAUUCAGUGGGGAGGAUCAGGCAGUAAUCAAGGAAGUUCAGGUGUCACCCAAAAACCUACUACAGGUUCCAGUACUGGUCAAGGAUCCGGCAGUAAUGGAAAUGGCGGAAGCAGUAUUACUAUUAUAAUUCAUCCAGGUGGAUCAACUCAAGUUAGUGGUGACGGUACUGGACAAAGUACAGGAUCUUCAGGAGGCAAUCUAGGAGGUUCUAGUAACAACCAAGGAUCUGCUGGCAGUGGUCUUCAUGACAGCAUUGGAACUUCUGGUCACGGCGGAACUGGAGGAAUUCAAAUUGGUAGCGGUGGUGGUACCUCCGGUGGUCAGGGAAGUAAUAUCGGAAGCACUGGCAAUAACCAGGGAUCUGGAAGCGGUGGUAUUAGCGGCAGUCAAGGAGGUUCUUCUGGAGGAAUUCAAAUAGGAGGAGGAGGUAGUGGCACGGGAGGUCAAGGAAGUAAUAUUGGUGGCUCAGGUACUAAUCAAGGAUUAGGAGGUGGAUCUACUGGUGGAGGGCAAGGAUCAAGUAAUACCCAAGGAGGCUCUGGAGGUAUUCACAUAGAUGGUAAUCAAACAGGUAAUACUGGAAGCUCAAGUGGUAGUCAAGGACCUUCCGGAGGAUCUAUUGGUGGCAUAAUUGGAGGUGGUAAACCAGGAGGAAGUACUGAUGGAGGAUUAGGUGGUAUUACUGGUGGAAGUUCAAGUGGCUCUAACAACUCUGGAGGAACCGGUGGAAUUCAAAUAGGUGGCGGUGAUUCUGGUAGUAUUGGAGGAUCUGGAGGUAAUCAAGGUUCUAUUGGAGGAUCCGGAAGUGAUCAAGGAUCAAUUGGAGGAACCACUAGUGGUAAUCAAGGAAGCUCUGGGACUGGAGGAAGUGGAGGUAUUGGUAUAAUCAGUGGAGGAGGUCCAAGUGGAAGCAUUGGAGGCUCAUCAGACACUUCUUCACAAUGUACUUGCUGUCCAAAAUCAGUUGCAGUAACAAGAGAAUCUAUUGCUAAUCUCAAACAGCUUGAACCCUACAUUGUUAACCUUCUACAUAAUUUACGAUUUUCACUUAUAAAUACUCCAAUUCAACGACCACUUUUAAGUGACAAACAGUCAUUGUUUCAAUCUCGUUUAAACAAUGAUGAAUUAGCAAUUUUAGGAUUAGCUGAAAGCCUCACUCCAUUGACAGCACGACGAGAUUUGGUUUCUCGAGCUCUAGGUUGUGUUCAAGGUGGAGCUGAGUUUAUGGUUUGCACUAAAAACGUCAUCUGGCCAUUCUUGAAACUUUAUAUUACAAACUUCCCAGAGUUUCCUAACGAGCAAACUGUUUUAGCAUCAUCGCAAGGAAGAUAUAGAGUAUCUAAUCGUCAACCAAUUUUUAAUCAUCCAUUUACUUCGACCAGUGCUAGUUUCAAUAAUCUUUAUAGAUAUCCUAACAUUCAAAUUUCUGGAAGAACCCCAAUACACUCUGGAAUAUCUGCUAAAGCUGAUGAUGAACCAGUUAUUUCUGUAACAGGCAAUCGAUUUGUUCCAAUUUUUUCAGAUCAUCCAGAAGGUCUUAUUUUAAAUAUACUGAGCACCAUUUCAAAGACAAUGAAACCAUCAGAUGGUUCAGAAUUCAAUAGCAAACUUUCUGAAUUUAUUUCUCGCUUCAAUUCAACAUUGAAUGAACAGCAAGAAAAUAUAUUAAAAAUCGCUGAAAGUCUUUUGCCUGCAUCAAACCGUCAAAGUUUAUAUGAAUCAAUGUUUGAAUGCUUAGGAAACAAUGACUUCAUUACUUGCUCUCGUGAUGUACUUUGGCCAAAAUUAUCAGAGUUUUUCUCACGAUUGCCAAACUUCCCAACGUUCCAAAGAAUAGAGAAUUUUAAUUCUGAAUACAUUCAGCCAAUUUCAGACAAUAUAACACCGAUUUCUGAGACUGAUGUUAAAACUGAUCAACAUGGAAAUGCUAUGGUAACAAUUACAGAUACAAGAUUCGUUCCAAUUUUAAGUGACCAUCCAGAAGAAUUAAUUUUAAAAGUUCUUAAAAGUGUUGACCCAUUACAACAAAAUUCAUCACCAUAUUCUGCAAUAGCCAAGUCGCCACAGUUUAUGUCUUUCACUAACCAGCAAGCGGACGUUAUUCUUGUGGCAGAAAAUUUACUACCUUCACCUCUGAGAGAAAAUUUUGUAACACAAAUGAAUAGUUGUGCACGCGACAGUAAUUUUGUGGAUUGUAUGAGAGAUGUUGCUUGGCCAACAAUAGGCCAAUUUGUUACAAAGCUUCCUAGUUUUCCAAACGUUGGAAGUCUUCCAAGUCUUCCAAUGAGCAAACUUCAACCAUCGCCAUUACUUCCACCUCAUUUAGAGCCAACUUAUACCGAACAUCCAGCAGGACAGUUUAGUUUCUUACCAGUAGGACAAUAUCAAGUACCACAGUAUUUCCAGCCUUAUCAUAGGAAUCAACAAUUUUCUGGAGCUCAUCAACAUGACAAUCUUCAAACAGGAAUACCUUCGUCAGUAGAAUCAGUAUCAACGGUACCCGAGUUUGCUGGUCAACCAACUGAAAUCUUACUAGACAUUUCACAAGAAAAAGUCAUUUUAUCAAAAUCUUCACAAAGUGAUAGACAUAAAAGAAGUACAUACGAAUCUCUAUUUGAUGAUUAUCCCGAGUCUGUCAAUGCUAAAAAUAUAACAGAUAAUUUACAUUUAAACUUGUCAGAAUCUGACAUUUAUAGAUAUCUCGCUAAUAUAUCUGAUAUUAUUUCUGAAGAGUCCUUGAAUGAUACUGAAUAUUCAUCAGUAAAAUUUGAAGAAUCUAUGCUCGAUUCUCUGGAUUCAUCAGUAAAGGAAUCCUUAACUAAUGAACAGAUAGAAAUAUUAAAGAUGGUUGAAAGAAUAGGUAUUCAGAGUACUAGAGGAGUGAUUGAUAACGUGAUUCGCUGUAUAACAAGUCUCAGUUUUAUUCGAUGUUUGGGCAUUUUUAUAUUUCCUCUAAUAACUAGCGCUCUACCAUCACUUCCAGGCUUACCAAGUCUUCCAGGACUUCCCUUUGGACGAUCAUAUGAAGAUGAAGUUCAAGAUAUUUUUAACAUGAAUCCACUAGAUGUGGAAAAAGAGCUGUUGAGACGAAAAGAAUCGGUGCAACAGGUAAUGGAAGAAUGGUAUGAGUCUUUAAUAAAGGAUAAAUUUAAAACAAACUAUGGUUUUUUAAACUUUGAAGGAUACGGAAACGGAGUAAUUGGAAUUAAAUUGAUGAAUCCUCGUAAAUCUCGUGGAGUCAGGAUAAAAGACAACAAAAAUUUACCUAGCAUUUUAACAAUCAUAAGCGACAUCAUGGAAGAUGUUUUGGAUUCUAGACCUGAUCAUGAUAAAUCGAAGAAGAAUAAAAAAGAAAAAAGCAUCAGGUUCCCAUCACAAGAUCUUGAGAAAUAUCGAGAUGUUCAGAAUGCUCAUCAUAUUCAUAGUCAUGAUGAUGAAAUAAUAAAUAUGUUUCUUGAUAAGUUGAAAACAAAUGAGACUCAUGAAGAUGAUAUUGAUGACGAUGACGAGCAAAGAUAUCUAACACUUGAUGAUGCUUAUAAAGCUUUUCAAGUUCUUUUUGGAGCGGAAAUGGAGAGUGAAGUGCUGAAAAAUGAUGAAAGUAACAAUCAAGAUAAUACAAGAAGUGUAAAAGAUGAUAUUCAAAAAAUUAAUAAGAGAAAAAAAAAUACAUCGGCACUAAUUAUCCAACUUCCAAGUCUUCAUGAUAAUGUAGAAUUAGCUAGGAAAAUAUCAAAUUCUCUAGUUAGUUUAUCGCGUGGUACGAAAAAUAAUAUGCAAAUGAUGCCUGGAAUUGGACUUGGUCUUACUUUUCUUUUGCAAAUGGCAUUAUCUCAUGCACGUAUUGCUGCAUCUGUAGCUAAUGUUAUCAGUAAUAUGGCAAUGGGAGCAGCAAUGUUUACGAUGAUGCGUCAAACAUUAUUCAACUCUAACUCUCAACCAAAAGUUCAACACAUUUAUGAAACUGAAACUGGAUCAGCUGGUCCAUGGGCUUAGGGAUAAUAAGAUUUAUUAAAUAAUAAUUGGGAAACAAUAUUAAUAUUAAGCAAUAACUAUAAUAAUAGUAGUAAUAAAUACUCAAGACUGCAUUUUGACAGACUAUCGUUUGGGAUUUUUUCAUCAACUCACACAACUGGUGAUUACUUUUUUUCAUGGGAUAUAG